UUGUCAUUGUACAAACAAAAUAAUUAUGUUUUAUGGUGUGACAACGCUGUGGUUAAGGUCUGGCUGGGACAAGCUGGCACAAAAACCACUUGAUUAGGGAAUGAUCAUGGUUUGGGUUAAAAUAAUCAUUCUCGCGAGAUUUAUCGCAAAUCCGGGGUUACCAUCCAGACACGACCCAAGUUUUCUCAAAGUCCCCAGUCCGGUGAACCGCACGUGCGCUCUCUGUGCACACUUCAAGACAUCCACGCGCUCAAGAAACAUUAAAUUUACUGUCAAUUAUCUGCAGAUAAGGACCCACAAAACAAGACUUGUUCACUGUUCAGCAGCGGUGCUAUUUUGGACAGCGAUGGUGGAAAUAAGCUAUGUUAACAGCAACAAUAAGACUGAGGACCGGUAUUGUGAGUGUGGGGUGUAUGGCCGUAACUCUCCCCUGGCGAAAGCUUCAGGCAUUGUUGCACUUCCAAAGGGAGACCCCAAAGGCUGUGGUCAGGAUCCUGUCUACAACCGCAAUUCCAGCUCACCAGCCUGGAUAGCCCUGGUUAAAAGGGGCAACUGUACUUUCAGUGACAAAAUAAAUGCUGCCAAACGUCAAGGAGCAUCAGGUGUGGUCGUGUAUAAUGUGGAUGGCAGUGGCAACAGCACCACUUUCAUGGCACACUCGGAUGCAGCUGAUAUUGUGGCCAUCAUGAUUGGCAACGUUCAGGGCAUGGAGGUUGUCAACUUGGUGAAGAAUGGAACAGAUGUUCACAUGAUUAUUGAUCUAGGCAGCCCUCACGGACCCUGGAUGGACAGCUACUGGAUUUAUUUUCUCUCCAUUGCCUUCUUCAUUGUGACAGCGGCCUCGAUUGCUUACUUUGUGUUUAUCUCUGCAAACCGUCUUUACAACCUGCGCAUGCAAAGGCGCGAUGAGAGAAGGCUGAAAUCGGAGGCUAAGAAGGCGAUUGGGCGUCUACAAGUGCGCAAACUGAAGACAGGGGAUGAGGAAACUACCUCUGACUCCCAUUUGUGUGCUGUGUGCAUUGAUGCCUACAAGCCAGGUGAUGUGGUGACAGUGCUAACAUGUGAUCACAUCUUCCAUAAAGCCUGUAUCGAGCCCUGGUUGCUGGAGAAAAGGACCUGUCCCAUGUGUAAGUGCGACAUCCUGAAGGCCUUGGGAGUUGAGGAGGAGUCAAAAGAGAAUAUUCCUGAUGAAUCACCACCAGAGGUCACUGUGAUCACAGUAGCAGGAGGAGAACCCAUCUACGAUGUCCCGCUGUCUAACCCAGAGAGCCCUGACCCAGAGAGACAACAGCAUAUCUAUGAGAACAGGGCCUUUGAGUAAGACUCAUUGGCUGCGAGAGAGUGAACAACAGCAACGGGAACUAAACAACAUCAAACCAGGACACAGUCAAAUUUCCUGUUUGAAAUCAAUAUUUUCUGGGAUACAAUGAUUGAACCACCACAAUGGAAUCUAAUUAUGAUGUCCUAACAGGAGAAACAAUGUCCCUUUUGUAAUACAGACUUGUAAAUGUUAAUGGACUUUGUGUAUUUAGCUUAGAUGCCAUUACAUUUUAUUUGUGUCCAUCUUUGGUGCAUGUGUGCAAUUAUUGGGUGUGUUCAUAAAGUUACUCAUAAAAUAGAUUGUUAAGUGAGCAGUAAUGGACUGAUGCCAGUAUCAGUUUACUGUUUUGCAUACUGAACACAAACAACACUGGUUAUGGAGGAAGUGCUGCAGAGCAUAUCAGUUUGAAAUCGUUGCCAGUUUCCUCAAACAGAUAGUCACAGUCCCUCAAAAUUAACAAUUUCUUUUAAAAUUCAGAGCAGAAUUUAUUAUUAUUAUUACUCCCAUAAUUAGCAACAAUUUGACUUUUGGAUUUUAUUUCUGCUCUUUUAAUUGUCAGGUUCCUAGGCUGGGUUUACAAACACACCUUAUGAACACAGCCCUUACUGGAAAUACAGCAUGACACACAUUGCAUUGCGAUGAGUAAAUAGUAUCACCCGAGGGCCUGGGACUCUUAAGACACAUGAUCCAUGGAAUUUUUUUUUUUUUUUUUUUACCACAUAUGAAGUAAGAGUAGUUAGUUCCUUCAUGAUGGGUUUGUAGCUACUAUUGAGAAAUAGGAAGUCCCACAGUAGUAAAUAUCAAUGAAACUGUAGAUCAUAUGACUGCAAAAACUUGUAUUUGUUGGAUGGGGGAACAUUGUCUUUAUGUGUUCUGUUUUUUGAAAUGAUGUAUAUCUUAUAAUGAGAUGGAUUUAUCAAUCAUGGAGUUCUACUUGUUAAUAUAAAAGCUAUACAUAAAAUAUACAUAUUUCUUUCUUUCUCUAAACAGCUGAUUUUCAUGUGUAUGCACAAAUUUUUAUUCUUGAGCAGGUCUUCCAAGUUUUUUCUUUGAAUUAUUUGGAAUGGAGUUUAUUCAGUCCCUGUGGUCUACCUCUGAACUCUCCCAUAGGUAAAUUUUGGCACAUGUUUAACGAUUCUUGCAAUUUCUGUGAUAAAGUGUGUCCCUUGGUAAAUGAUAAAGCUAUAGAAUUGUUUCAUUUCUUUGUUUGCUGGUGGGGAUAUGCUGAUAAUGGUACUUAAUAUAUUUUUCUAUAUUGAAUCAUUUUCACUACUGUGUUACAGAUUCCAAGAGUCUUAAAUUGUUCUGUAAAAAUGAAUAUUACUUGCUGUAUUAAAUCACAUUGAUGCUUAUUAGAAUGCAAUAAAUCCCUCAAAAUGAGGCCAACUUUAUGAGCAUAUGUGCUUAUAAGAAUGGUGUUUCUGUCUGUGUGUUUGGCGGUCGUAGGAUUAUAUUUGAGAAUAUGUGAGCGUAUGCGAAUAGACAGGUGUGUUCCUGUACGUCAGGCAGGUCUAUGUAUGGUUAUAGCUAUGACUCUUGGAGAGGAGGGAAAGUGUAAUUACCUCUGCACAGGUGGGAGCAGA